AUGUACAAUCCAACUAUAGUGUUUCUAUUGAGGACUCUGGAUGUAUUUGCUAAAACGUACAUGUACAAUCCAACUAUAUUGUUUCUAUUGAGGACUCUGGAUGUAUUUGCUAAAACGUACAUGUACAAUCCAACUAUAUUGUAUCUAUUGUGGACUCUGGAUGUAUUUGCUAAAACGUACAUGUACAAUCCAAUUAUAGUGUUUCUAUUGAGGACUCUGGAUGUAUUCGCUAAAACGUACAUGUACAAUCCAACUAUAGUGUUUCUAUUGAGGACUCUGGAUGUAUUUGCUAAAACGUACAGGUACAAUCCAACUAUAUUGUUUCUAUUGAGGACUCUGGAUAUAUUUGCUAAAACGUACAGGUACAAUCCAACUAUAUUGUUUCUAUUGAGGACUCUGGAUGUAUUUGCUAAAACGUACAGGUACAACCCAACUAUAUUGUUUCUAUUGAGGACUCUGGAUGUAUUUGCUAAAACGUACAGGUACAAUCCAACUAUAUUGUUUCUAUUGAGGACUCUGGAUGUAUUUGCUAAAACGUACAUGUACAAUCCAACUAUAUUGUAUCUAUUGUGGACUCUGGAUGUAUUUGCUAAAACGUACAUGUACAAUCCAAUUAUAGUGUUUCUAUUGAGGACUCUGGAUGUAUUUGCUAAAACGGAUUUUAAAUAUAAUUUCACAGGCAUUUUAAAUAUGAUAUCCCAGGCAUUUUAA